AUGUUUGCGUCGACGACGCAACAGAGUUUAAUAAAUACAAAUGAUGAUCCUAUCGGCAAAACAAAAUCGAACGAUACCAUCUAUCGUACAUUUUCCACAUCAAAUCCAGUCGUUUAUAACGCAUAUAUUCAACAACAAUAUGGUGCCUGUUGGGGCACGUUCGAAUUCGAAGAUUGUCCCAGUAGUUAUAUCAAUAAUGAAGUGAAAGUGCCAACACGAAAACGUGGUAAUCUCUCGCUGAAUAGUGAUCACACUCAUUUUAUUAUUAUUCGUGAAAAAGCAAUUGGUAGUGCUUCAAUGAAUGUUGGACAAAGCUCAGCUGCUGCAGAUAGUGAUGAAAGACAAUUCGAAAAAUUAGCUGAUUCAGCUGAUAGUGCUACAAAUAGAUUUCGAGAACGCUUCGAAAAUAGUUUACAUCAAGAAGCACUGCAUCAACAAGCGACAGUAUCUCCCAAUCUGUUUUCUCCAAUAACAGAUGGAGCAACAACAACGUCACCGUCCUCAGCUCAUGAAAGUAAUGGAUGGAAUGAAGGUGGUUUUCCGAUGGUUUGUACUUUUGUACGAGGCACACCAGGAACAAUUAAACUUUUGCAUACAAAAAUUCACGAAGAAAUUCCUGUGGUUAUUUUCAAAGGAACCGGAUCAGUUGCUGAUAUCAUCGCUUUUGCCUAUGAAGAAUUUCAUGCCAAAAGCGAUAAAGAAUUUGAGGAUAGUUAUCUAAAAGUUGAACUAACUCAACGUUUACUCAACGAAUAUCCAGCAUUGAUAGAUAAUCAUGCUGUUCUUGGAAAAAAUCUCGAAACAUUUGUCGAUAUUUUUCUUGAUAAUGAAUUUAUUCCACAUCGAUAUUUAACAUCGGACGAAUUGUUUAAUCUUUUUAAGAACGCGAAAGAUCGUAAAUUUCUAAAACAAACAUCAUGGAAAGGCAUUCUUGGCAUAGCUGGAGAUGACGACGAAAUACCACAAAAUUUUAUUGAUCAUCAUCUCAAUAUUAUUAUGAAGUGUCUCACUGGUAUUAGUGGCUUUUUUCGUCCAUAUGAAAUGGAUUGUAAUGCUGUGGGCAUCUAUUUUUGUGACAAAACAGACAAAGACAUUCAACAACAUCGACUAAAAGCAGAGAAAAAGGCUAUUCGUUAUUUGAUUAUCUAUGCCGUACUCAUGAAUCGACAUCAGUUGGCCAAGAUUUUCUGGAAACAUUCAUUAGAACCGAUUCCAAUGGCAUUGAUUUGUUAUAUGAUGUUUAAAAAAUUGGCAAUUUAUUGCCAUGAUCCCACUCAACGAUUGCGAAUCGAAAAACAAGCCAAAGAAUUUUCAGAUUAUGCUGUGGGUGUACUCGAAAAAUCCUUUAACGAAGACCAGGAACGUACACUUGCAAUGCUCGAUGACAAAAAUUCAGAUUGGAAUCAUAUGACUACUUUUGAACUAGCGUACAGAGCUGACAAUAGAGCAUUUAUGGUACAUCCUGCUUAUCAAAAAUUAGUUACUCAACGAUUCUACGAUGAAAUCACUGUGCGUGAACUUUCCUGGGGUCUUUUUAAAUGUCCUGAUUAUCUUAAAAUUAUAAUCAGUGCUUGUCUCAUAUUUCCGAUGCAAUUUUGGAUUAGUUUUUCUUCGAUCGAUCAAAGUCCACCAACAUCGGAAAAAGCAAACGAUAUGCAAAAGGGAAAGAAAUUGGAAACAUAUGCAAGUGAAGCCUCAGUACGCAAUGGAAAUAGUCUUUUUCGACGACCAAUGUCCUGUUUUCGUCGAUAUGAUAAAUUAAAGAAUACCAUUCAACAAAUCAAAACAUUGUGGAAUGCACCGAUAACAAAAUUUUAUAUGAAUUUCGUUGCUUAUCUAGUCUAUUUAUCAUUUUUCACAUUAGCAGUGAUGUGGCCCUCAUGUGGGAAUUUAUGGCUUGAUUGUUUCGUUUGGUUGUGGACAGCAUCAAUUGCAUUCGAAAAUACUCGUGUUGCUUACGUAAAGUUUUAUUCACAAAAUAGAUUACCCUUACAACGAGAUAUACCCGAUGUCAUUGUACAGAUCAUAUUUCUUGCUCUAUAUCUCAGUUUUCGUAUCCUUGGCUUGUGGAAUUUUGGGACUUGUCGAAUUUUGACAGCUAAGGCAAUUAUGGGCAUCGGACUGAUUUAUUAUUACUAUCGAAUAUUGUUCGUCUACUUUCCGGUUAGUUCUACACUUGGCCCGAUGAUGAUUCGACUUCGAUCCAUGAUUAUGAAUGAUUUUUUUACAUUUUUACAAUUGUUCGUUAUCUUUAUGAUCUCAUCAGGUGUAGCUAUUACAGCUGUUCUCUAUCCUCAUUAUCCACUUGGCUUGGAUUUGUUCACCAAAGCAUUUGUAUUUCGUGGUCUCAUGGCAUUGUUCACUACUGACAUGGCCGACUUAAAAAAUCCACAUCAAUCGUGUUCUAUCAAUGUAACGAGUGGCAUCGACCGUAAAUAUGCCUGUUUAAGAUUGUCUCAUGGUCCUUCAUUUAAAUAUGAUCGUCUCUCUACAUACAAUCGCUAUGGAAUAUCAUCACCUGAAUGUAAUCAAACAUCAUGGAUCGCAUGGUUUCUUCUUAUUCAGUAUUUUUUCUUGGCCAAACGAUUUCUCAUUUCUCUCUUGACAGCCAUGUUCAGUUUGACAGGAGCACGAAUACAGAGUCAAUCGGAGAAAAUUUGGAUGUAUAAUCGAUAUGAAAUUAUGAUAGAAUAUACAAAACGACCUCGUCUACCACCUCCAUUAAUUGUUAUCUCAUACAUUGGUAUGUUAAUUUCCAAAGCUGGUCAAUGUAUGUUCAAGUGGAAGGAAUAUUUAGAUAAGAAAAGUACUCAACAAGCACGGUUACAAUUGUCAUCACACAAUGUAGGAGGAGAUUCUGGCUAUGGUACAAGUUCAGCAACGCCUCUUGCUGUUGAUAUGUCGAAUACAUCGAAUAAUGUCAAUUUGAAUACAGACGACUUAAUUGAUGAUUCAUCAUCGGUAUCGAUUGAAAAUCGUUCGUUAGUUGGACGAUUACUCAAUUGUAAACCAUGUCGACAAAUGAUCAAUCACGAGAAGACAAAGAAUCAAAACGCAGAACUUCAUUGGGUAGAUAAUGAAACUAGUUUCUAUUGGGAAUAUAAAGCGAAAGAAUUCUUUGCUAAAACAGUAGAAACCGAAAAAGUUCAAGAAAGACUUGAAAAUCUUUCGAAGAGUGUGACCGAUGGAAAACAAGAUAUGGAUACUGUACGAAAAUCUUUACGACAGAUUAAUGAUCGUAUUUUUUCCUUAGAAAAAAUGGUGAUCGAUUCACAUAUAUUACUUGAAAAACUUCAUGCGACAAUAUAUCAGAAAGAUAAACCAUUACCUAAAAGUCAAAAAUAUUCUCAUGUUCUAUCACGUGAAUCACCUUAUGUCUAUACUAAUGAAGCUCGAUUUUCUGUUACUGAAAAAUACAUUCCAUGGACGCGUCAAUUCGAUCUCUAUGAUCCUACAUUGAUUACAUUACCAAAAGAACAUAUUUGCUUUCAAGACGAUGAACGCCCAUUUGUUGAACCUAAUUUGUUGAGAUUGAGCUCGAUGGGAGAUGAAUUACAACCGGCUCUCGAUACAAUAAUUGAACCGUCACUGAUGUCACUCAGUUCAAACGAUUUUAUAAUUCCAGCAUCCGAGUACAAAUGGAAUCAAGUUGUUGAAUUACAAUUACCCGAUGGGAAAAAGAUGGUGAUCGAUCGGACAACUUGGGUGGCAAAUCCAGACGAGGAAACAUCAGUUACGUAUCGACUCGAUACUCAAUUGUUUCUACCUUUAAAUCCAAUAGGUCGUACUGGAGUACGUGGUCGUGGUGCUCUCAUUCGAUGGGGUCCAAAUAAAUCCACAAUAGCCAUUAUUACUCGAUGGAAAAAAUAUCGUGAUCAAUGUACUCUUGUUGAUGGACAACGAAUUCUUGAAGCAAUGGUAUUCAAAGAUAAAAUAACCAACGAUUGGCAAUUACCUGGCGUGAGUAUCGACAGUGAUCAUUGA